CGAGGAAUCUUUUCCUUCCGCUGCCGGCAGAGUGAACCGACGGACUGUCGCUAGCUGCCAAGAAGAAAGAGAAGAAAGGAACAGAGAGCAGAGGAUUUUAAUGAUAUAGUGUGUCCAGUCGAAGCGAGGAAAUCAUCCACUCCGAGAACUGUGAAAGCCAGUCGACUCGAGGCAGGUGACCGAACAUGGCUGUGAACGUAUACUCGACCUCAGUGACCAGCGAGAACUUAAGUCGUCAUGACAUGCUGGCCUGGAUCAAUGAAGCACUACAGAUAAACCUCACCAAGAUAGAACUGCUGUGUUCAGGUGCUGCAUACUGCCAAUUUAUGGACAUGCUCUUCCCUAACUCUGUGCCUCUGAAGAAAGUCAAAUUCGGUGCCAAGCUGGAGCACGAAUUCAUCCACAACUUCAAGCUCCUACAGGCCUCCUUCAAAAAGAUGGGAGUCGAAAAAAUCAUUCCAGUAGACAAGUUGGUGAAGGGAAAGUUCCAGGACAACUUUGAGUUUGUCCAGUGGUUUAAGAAGUUCUUCGACGCCAACUACGAUGGAAAGCAUUACGACCCUGUGGAGGCGCGGCAGGGCCAGGACGCCAUGCCCGCAGCCAACCCUACCAUGUCUGCUCUCAACAAGCCCCCCAAGAAGAUCCUCAACCAAGCUCCCCAGAGGGCAGCUGUUGCCAAGGUAGCACCCAAGAUGGCUCCCGGAAGCGCGAGGAGGCCGGGGAUGGGAGGAGCCGACGAGGAGAGGGCAGAGCUUAUGCAUGAGGUGGACAUGCUGAGGUCUACCAUUCAGGACAUGGAGAAGGAGAGGGACUUUUAUUUUGGCAAGCUGCGGAACAUCGAGCUAAUCUGCCAGGAGAAGGAGGGAGAGGGCGACCCCACGCUGCAGAGGAUCAUCGACAUCCUCUACGCCACAGACGAGGGUUUCGUGAUACCAGAUGCUGAAUCAGAGGACCAGGAGGAGUUUUAACAUUCAAGACUGCAAGCAACUUUCACUUAGACGCCCUGGUCUACCAACCCACUUCUACCUUACAUGCCCAGUUUUACCACAUUGACCCAGUCGUACCCAAAACUCCAGAUACCUCCUCAAGCCAAGAUGCCCGGUUUGGCUUUUAUCAAAUCACAACCCCCGACCCUGACUUGUGGCCCUUACCUUGCCUGAACCCAGCAGCUCGACUUCCACUUUUCCUCAAACCUACGAGAUGAAACCCGGCCAACGCCCCAGUCAGCAAUCAACCGAGGCCUCAGUCUCUGCCGAGAACCCUAAUCCCUCACCUUCACAUGUAAUCCCUUCCCUCGCAGAACCAGAUCAUGUCAUAACACAUAUCUGGUUUUUGAAACGGACAUCAGUAUGGAAAAAAAGUUCUUUUUGUGUAUGUAUGCGUGUGAGUAUGUUUUAAAAAAAAAAAAAAAUCAAGUUGAAACAAAUCAAGCGUGAAGAACCUCCUCUGAAGAGCCUGCUGUCUGUCUUGUCAGUCAGUCUGUCCCAGACUAACCUCGACCCUUCGUCUUUGCUUGAUGUCACCACAGAGCCGUCUUGUGCUGCUCCAGUUUUGCUUUUACCCGAUUGGAGGAAGAUGCACUGAAAGGCGGGGCAGAGCAGGAGAAACGCUCGUCUCUGUGCUUGCAUUCCCAUUCAAAACAUGUAGUUUUGGAUCGUUUAUUGGUGACCCAAAUCCAAACACGCAUUGCGUCUAGACAUUAGAUAUUUGACUCCACGUGGCAACAGAUGAUAACCUCAUGUGAGCAGGCAUUUAGAAACACUGAUUACAUUGUUGGCCAGUAAGAUGCACCCUGACACUACCCAGUUGGUGCAUGUGUAUCUAUGCAAAAUGACGUGAAACAAAACCUGUAUUUCCCAAGUAUUGGCUCGGGGUUACGUCUGGGACGAGGCAGCAGUUUGGGUUGAUUUUUUUUUUUUUUGGCCUGUUUCCAUCUAUAAUCUCUCCUUCAUGACCAAGGACGCUAAUGCAGCCAUCUUGAUUUUGGCCUGUUCUGCUUCAGAAGAGCAAAAAGCUGUUUUGUAAGAUUAUGCUACUGUUUUACUUCAUUUUUUUGUGCUCCUUUUCUUCCCCCCUUUUUUUUUUUUUUUUUUUUUUUUUUUUACAUCUUUCUCCUGUUGUAUGUGUCUGUUUGGGGAAUUGAAGAGUUUAUUGGCACCUGUCAGUCAUGCACUCACCUUUUUUGUACAUUUGUUCUCUGUGCAGGUGGCGUUUUUGUCACUCUUCCUCAAUGAUCACUCUUGUUUGUCACGUUUUACUUGUGUGGAGAAGUGUGUUUUCCAUGGUCAUUUAAAUAGUGAAAAGGGUUUUGGAUAUUGUAUGUGGUUGCUGUUUUGUUAAUAAGUCAGUUUUCUUUUUUCCUUCUCCUCCCCACUUUGUUUUCCCACUAAGCCUUGGUCUUCACAUUUCAGAUACUUGGGGCCUUUCUUAAAUGUGCAAUCCUUCAUUCCAGGAAAGUGGCUUAACUUUUUUUUCAGCUGAAGUGGUGGAUGAAGUGUCGGAUAUUUAAUAGAAAAUACAAAAAACAAGUUAGAAAAUUGCAUGAUCAAGGGUGAUCUAUUUGUAUGUUCUGAUCGUCUUUUGCAGUGCUCUUUUUUUUUUUUUUUUUUUAAAGCAUCCAAAUUGUUUUCUACCAGUGACCCUUAACUCGGCCCCCAGCCAACACUAAUAAUUCCUAACAGGCAAGAAGUUAAUAUCAACUUUGGCUGCAGCUGAUGAGUUUCUCUGCUCUGUCAGCUGUUACCAGGCAGCCUUAAACUUUGACUUUCCUGCCUAAUUUCUAAUGUGUGAUUAUAUUUUUUUUUUCCUCCCCAAACCACAAUAUGAUAAAUAACUUAUAUGGGAUCAAUGAGUUAUCGAUUUGCCGCAUCAAAGGCAUAUUCCUUUGGGGGAACACACACUUCAGUGUCUUUUGCCCCUUUUUCCUCAGAUAAAUGGUCCAGUUUGAGAAGGAAGUCUCCACUGCACUCUUAAAAUCAUCAUGUUCAGAUAUUGACAUCUAGUUUGGAACGACACAUUGGUAUUGAAUUUGCACAAAUGCUUUCUUAACAUCAUCACAUUAAAAUAACGCGUGUAGUUACUGGUUUGUAUUUUUCAGAAAAAUAAUAACCGUGUGUGUGUGUCUGUGUGUGUGUGUGUUGUCCUCCACUAGAUGCACAGAUGUGUUUCAAAUGAUCAUUUCCAGGCUGAUUUAUGUGGAGAUUAGAACACAAUCAGACGCCAAAAAUGCAUGAAAUGCAAUUUGAAACUGCCUGAGAUUUUAUACGUUUAUCAAUUGCCUUAUUCACAAAAAAUACACUUCUCUUAAAAACAUUUUUUCUUUUAUGUCACUGUACUGCCCUGCUGUCUCUGACAAAUGUUUGUACUGUUACAGUUCUAUAUUUUUUACCAGGGUCUGAAAAUAAAAGUGAUUGGAGGUAUUUUGGACAGAAGCGUCGAUGUGUUGGGGUUGCAGCAGACUUACCAUCUUCCAUCAAAUGUCAAUCGAUGAAAUCAAGCGUUUCUGGUGAAUUACUUUGUGUGUUUUGAAAAUUUUGCCACCAGCGUCGCAUGAAACACACAAAGUUCCCUUCUGCAGUGGACAAAAUGGUUAGACGACUAGCAUCUGUAGUGGAAUAUGCAGACAAAUUAAACUAAAAAGCAACAAUCUAUAGGCUUCCAAAUGAUGAGUUGAGUAUUUUUCUUUUUGGUAGCCUUUUUUCUUGUGAAAAGUCGCCUGCAAAAUCUGUGUAUAUGCUUGUUUCAGCACUGGUGAUACAGAUCCUACCAGUCGGUCCACGUCACUGCCGAUUCUCUGCAACGUAAACGGAAAAUUCUAGAAAUCAGUGUCAAGACAUUGUCAGAUAUUCAGCUGUUGUCUCAUUGCCUUAAGCUGCCUUGGCUUUAAAUCUAUAACAGCAACUUUUGUAGCAAAUGCAGUGUUUUUAGAAGAGGAAAAAAAUAAAAACAGAAGAGCCAGCAUAGACUCAGAUGUUCCUGAAAAAUUGUGACAGACAAAAUUUGAAAUUGGUAGCUUGGAAACGUAUUGAGGUGCAGUAGCUGCGUGGUUUUUGCUGGUUGUCUGCUACCAAAAACGAAGGGCUGAUUGACGCCUUAAAGAGACACGGACAUGGAAAAGAGAGACUGAAUGUUGUCAGGUGUGAGGGGUACCUGGAUGUCAUUUUGUUUUGUUUUUUUAAAACUCUGAGUUGCCUUCUUUUAAGACUGCAUCUAAAAUUUCAAAAAAAAAAAAAAAAAAAAAAA